AUGAUUUUUUACAUAAGAUACAUUGUUAUAUUUUUUCAUUUAAUUUACCAUAAUUUGGUUAAUAGUAUAAAUAUAAAUCAAGAAAAAAAAUUAACAAAUGAUAAUAUUUUUACUGAUAAAUUUCAACUUGACAAAAAUUCAUGGAAUACUGUAAAUAAUAAAUUUAAUUUAAAUGAUUUAUCAGAACAUUCUCUAGUUGAAUCAUUUUUAGAGAGUGGCAAUCAACCAAGUGAAGGAUCAAAUGAAGGUGAACCAGGUAAAUCUAAAAGGAGAAAAUCACGAAAAAAGAAACUAGUUCCUAUUGUCGUUGGAGGUGCAACCUCUGCAGAUAAUCCAAAUCCAGAUCCUAAUUAUAACCCUGUAGCAAGCGCAAAAGAUUUAUAUGAUUCUGAAUACAGUACGGAUGAUAAUGGAAAUGAAACGCAAGGAACACAAGGAACAGAAGGAACACAGGGAACACAAGGAGCAGAAGGAACAGAAGGAGCAGAAGGAACAGAAGGAACAGAAAGAACACAAGGAACAGAAGGAACAGAAGGAACAGAAGGAGCAGAAAGAACAGAAGGAGCAGAAGGAACAGAAGGAACAGAAGGAACAGAAGGAACAGAAGGAACAGAAGGAACAGAAGGAACAGAAGGAACAGAAAGAACAGAAGGAACAGAAGGAACAGAAGGAACAGAAGGAACAGAAGGAGCAGAAGGAACAGAAGGAACAGAAGGAACAGAAGGAGCAGAAAGAACAGAAGGAACAGAAGGAGCAGAAAGAACACAAGGAGCAGAAGGAACAGAAGGAACAGAAGGAACAGAAGGAGCAGAAAGAACACAAGGAGCAGAAGGAACACAAGGAGCAGAAAGAACACAAGGAGCAGAAGGAACACAAGGAGCAGAAGGAACAGACGAAAAUAUGUAUGGUUCACAAGCUAGUGGAAAUGUUGAUUUAAGUACUAGCAAUCCAGAUAAUAAAGAGCAACGUACAAAUCCUAAAAGUGAAGAUGAUAUGUAUGGACCUUGGAAAUUUUUACUUGAUAAUGAAAAUGCAAAAGGUGAAAGUAGUAUGGGAGGUAAUAUUGGACAGCCAUCCAUAAAACACGAUUCUUAUAAUCCAUUUGAAGAACCUCAAGGUGAAAGGCAGCAUGAACCUCCAAAGACAGGUGCAGAGCAACAAGCUUCAUAUAAUCCAUUUGAAGAACCUCCAGAGACAGGUGCAAGACAACAAGCUUCAUAUAAUCCAUUUGAAGAACCUCCAGAGACAGGUGCAAGACAACAUGCUGCAUAUAAUCCAUUUGAAGAAUCUCAAGAUCAUUUGGAGCUUGAACCUCCAAAGAGAAUAAUACAAUCACAUGAUUCUUAUAACCCAUUUGAAGAAUCUCAAGAUCAUUUGGAGCUUGAACCUCCAAAGAGAAUAAUACAAUCACAUGCUUCUUAUAACCCAUUUGAAGAAGCUGACGGUAGCGUAAUACAACAUAAACCUGUAAUUAAAACUUAUGCAAAAGGUGAAUACAAUCCAUUUACGGACGAAAUUAGUGAUGGAACAUUUCCUGAUUAUAGUGAUAAGGAGCAACCUACGACUCCAGGAUUAUUAAAAACACAUGAUGAUGAAUAUAACCCAUUUACUAUUCCAAGUAAUACUGGACCAUAUACCAUUUAUGAUCCAAAGAAAAUGAUGUCUCAUAAGGGUUUUGGAUCCGAACCAACAGGUCAAGAUGAUGGAAUGGGAUUUGGAGGAGAAGGUGCAUAUCAUCCAAGUGUUUUAACAAGACAACAACCUAUAUGGGGUCCAAAUUUUGCAAAUACACAUAAAAUGACUGGAGCAUACAUGGACUCAGGUAGAAGCUCUCCUUAUGAAGAUGAUGUGUAUAGUGUGACGGAUAUAAUUGAUGCACGAGCUAAAACAAUAGAGGAUAAAUAUAAUAAAAUAUUAGAUGAAGAGUUUAAGACAAAAGAUGAAGAAGGUGGAGAAAAGAAUAAAAGUAGAUUAGCUGCAUUUCUUAAUAGAAUAAAUCCAUUUAAGAAAUCACCUGAUUCAAGUAAAACUGCUAAACCUGAUAAAUCUAAUAAACCUGAUAAAUCUAAUAAACCUGAUAAAUCUAAAAAAUCAGAUAAAUCUGAUAAACCUGAUAAAUCUGAUAAACCUGAUAAACAAGAUGAUCAACUUUCCAAAAAUAUAAAAUUUACAGAUGACUUAAUUUUGGAUAAGCAAACUGUAAUGAGAGAUCAAGAAAUUCCAAAUAAAUAUGAAUCAGGUGUAAAAACCCAUUUAUUUAGUUGCCCAGAAAAAAAAUUUUUAUUUGAUAAUUUACAUUCCAUAAUGGAUCAAUUAGAAAUUUUUAGAAAUUAUGAAGAAUCAGCAAGAGAUAGUAUGGAAAAUACAAAUCAAUGCUUUAAAGAUUUAGGAAUUUAUGAUAGUAAAUUAAGUAAUAUAGUUACGGGUCAAGGAUCUAUGGUUGGUACUUUUGGUAUACAUGAUUUGGAUAGUUCUAUAUUUCAAAGAGAUCUUAUCAAGUAUGCUCCAGGUGUUGAUUAUAUUACAUUGGCAGAUAGAUUAACCGUAACAAAAGAAGAAGCAAAGAAUUUUGACGGUUUGAAUUUUUGCUUAUUAAAUCCAAGUAAGUUAGCCAUACUACUUAAAAAUAAAGAUUUAAAAGAUGCAGUUGGAAAAGGUAGUAGAAAUUAUAAUGCUAACUAUAAAAAAUAUAUGGAAAAAUCAAUAACAUGUUAUAUUGAAUCUUUAAUAUAUGACAAUGAUGAAGAACAACCAGAAAAUAUACAAAAAUUACUUUCUGUUGUAACGCAAAAAUUACACUUAAUUCAAGUUGGAUUAAGUUUUAGUAACAAGAGAAUGGUUACAAGAAUAUUUAAUAAAAUUAAAAAAGAUUUCAAUUUAACUAUUCAUAAAAUACGUAUACUUAGAGAUAAUAUGGAAAUUAUAUCAUUUCAUCUUAGAGAAAUUGCAACAAGGGAUUUGUGUAACAACUUUGUGAGAGAUAACGAUUACUUCAGAGCAAUGGGAGAAAUGAUUGCAAAUGUAAGAACUUAUGUUCAAUUAUAUAAUUCAUGUAUUUCAAAUGUAAGUGUUUACAAUAGCGUUAUAGGAAAAAUUCAUGAUAGAAUGAAAAUGUUAAUGAAAAUUAUUCCAAGAAAUAAUAUACUGAAAGAUUUUCAUUUUAAUGCUCUCUUAAAUAAAGGAAAGAAGAAGGGAAAAUCAAAAAAAUCUAAACCUGAUAAAUAUGAAGAUGCUUCUGUAAAAUCAUUUGCUCAUGCUCAGCUAGAAAGAGGAACUAUGCCUCAAAUUAUUAAUGACUUCUUUGAAUCUAAAAAAAAAGAAUUAUCAUCAGUUCUAUCUAAAAUGAAAAUGGAGUUAAUUGCACAUUCAGAUGAUUUAGAUGCAUCACUACCUAUAGAGAACAAAAGCAAAAAUGGAAAAAAAGUUCAAAAAAUUAUAAAGAAAUAUAAAGGAAUUAUAAAGAAAUUUUUCAAUCAAAUUCGUCAAGAUUAUGCUAAAUUAAUAUUAAUUCGAUAUGAAGGUCACCUAAAUAGAAAUUACCUAUUAUUUGAACGUCUACUUUAA